AUUAAAAAGUUUUCUGAAGUAUAGUUAAUUUACAAUGUUGUGUUAAUUUCUGCUGUACUGCAAAGUGAUUCAGUUAUACGUAUAUAUGUAUUCUUUUUCAUAUUCUUUUCCAUUAUGGUUUACCACAGGAUAUUGAAUAUAGUUCCCUGUGCUCUACAGUAGGACCUUGUUGUUUAUCCAUCCUAUGUAUAAUAAUUUGCACCUGCUAAUCCCAAACUCCCAAUCCUUCCCUCCCCCACCCCUCUCCCCCUUGGCAACCACAAGUCUGUUCUCUUUGUGAAUCUGUUUCUGUUUCAUAGAUAUGUUCAUUUGUGUCGUAUUUUAGGUUCCACAUGUAAGUGAUAUAUGAUACUGUUUUAUAUCUUGCUUUUUCCACUUACUAUACGGGGGAGAUUUUCCAUGAGAGUUCAUGGAGUCCUUACUAUGUAGACACAAUCCAACUGGUGGACAACUGGGUUUGAUCUACUCUUAAGAAGAGACACCACCUUCUCUUUUCACCCCAUGGCAAUUUUUUAAGGAAAUCAUCCCAGUUUUUAAAAAUCAGAGAAACCGAUGAGGUAGUAAAAGAAAUUAUUUGAGGGCAGGAAAUGGCCAAAUCCAUGGGUCCCAAACUUCUCCUGCUGGACACUCACAUUGACCUCUGGUGCCCCCUCUUUUCACGUAAACUUUAAUAAAACUUUCCAUUUGGGUCCAAGUGGGGAUACACCCCCACCCCCAGUUUCUCCUUAGCAGAGCUGCAAUAUAUUGCGUUUUUAAAGGGAACCUCAUUAAAUAGAAAGCGAUCCAAAGAAAGGGGAACAAAGAGAAGAGGAAGAGAAGCCACGUAAAGACUUGAGAGGAUGAGGCGCUGUGGGACCCAGCCACUGAGUCACUCCUUCCCUCCAGCCCUGUCUGCAGGGUGGGGUGGGGCAGAUAGUGGACCAGAAGCUAGUUCUGUCCCUAUUUGGGUCAGAAUGUAAAAGAGAGGUCCCCCGCCACCCUUGCAGGAGGGACACGAGAGGACAGCAGUCGGGGCCUUGGAACUGUCCUGCCUGCCCCAGUUUUUCAAUCAGUGGUUCAACUGAGGUGUUUGGAUUUAAGAGGAGACUCCUGCCCUGGUCCCUCAGGCCACACUCCACAGAGCCUGCAGCCCCUUAGCCCAAAGACAUGAUGUGGCCACCCACAGGAGCGAGGGCUCAGCUGCACGGGGGCCCUGAGUAAGCACCACCCCUGAGCUUGGCCAUUGAGCCCACACGGACAUUCUCAGCCAAAGCUCCAGGCUCAGCCAGGGGCAGAUGUGGCUCUUCCAAGGCUGAGGUUCAGUGAUGCCCCACUAGCCUCCAGGCCCAGCAAAUAUCCCCAAGAACUUUCCAGAGAUCCUGCAGCACUGCAUGGGCCUAGGGUACUGCUGAGGGUCUGAAUCUGGAACUAAAGUAGUAUUGAGGAGGACAAGGGGAGGAAGCAUGUGGCGGUUCUCUUGGCUGUCACCAAAACCCAGAAGAGGAAAUCCCCAGCGGCCUCUGACCGUGAAGUCAGGCCCCAGCUCACCUAGUCCUACCGAUAGCCUCUUUCCCUUGUAGUAAAGACAUCUAGAGAGGCAAACACCAAAACUUCCUUAUAUCCCAUUUUGAGUUUAGCCACCAGCACCUUCGGGAAGUCUUAGGAUUUCCGAAAUGGUCAGGGGUCUGAUGGUAACCCGCUUUGCUCAUCCUAGCACAGGGCUCAGUGUUUGUUGAAUGACUGAAUGGUUGGAUGGAAUUGGCUAGAAGGAAAGGAGAAAGGAGGGAUGGAGGAAGGAAGGAAAGGAGAGAUGAAUGGAUGGACGGAGGGUGGAUGGACAGACAGGGAAGGACGUCUGCUGAGGCCACAUGAAGUCACUAGGGGGGAAAUCAUGUUUUGAUUGGAGAGUUUGCAAGGGUGGGGUCCGGAGGAAGACUUCUGGACGACAGCCUCCGCAAAGGGCGUGUCAGCUGCGCAUGGAGAUCGUAGCAUCCCUGAGAUGCCAAAGCCUUGGGGUGGAAAUUCUAACACGUCAAAAACGUGGUCCGUCUGCCCUUGCCCCAGACAUAAUGUGUAUGGGUUGCUGGGGAGGGUAGAGUAGCUGCCCCCUCCCCUUCCUCCCCACGCCCAGCCCUGGCACUCACAUAGAUCCUCAUGUUGACGUAGCGUUGGCGUAGGCUGUCCAGGACGCUGGCCUCGUUCAGGAAGGUCAUGUUGGCCAUGUCGCUGACUUGGUAGAAUUUGGGUGGGUUCAUCUGCUGGAUAUCAUCCUUCUUCAUGGUGAGCAUCUGGGGGGUCAAGACACAGCAGCACAUGCAUUAAGACAUGGUACUGUCACAGCUACAGUGGCGUCGGCCACAGGGUACCGCCCACUCUCUGGUGUCCUGCAAAAAGCUGGAAUCAGUGGCUCCACCUCCUGGUCCAGCCAUGUCUCAUUGACUUGGGAUGAGGAAGAACUUCCAAGGCCAUAUGAGCCCUAACUGCCUCCGCUCUGAAGUAGGGAUGGCAGUGGCUUCCUUGGCUGGUUGCUGGGAGAACUACAUGAACUUAAGUUGCAUCAAGUAAAAAGUCCUUGAAGUUCCUUCCCUACGUUCAGAGCACCUCCGACCUGUGUUUCUCUUCCAGCCAAGUCCAUUCUGGUAGCUGAUCAGAACUUGCUCACUGAUCCCAGGGACGCUUUGCAGAGAUGUGACUCUUGGCUGUCUGCCUGGAGAAUUAGUGGUGGUUUCUAAAUAGCAAUGAACUUUUCCAUUAAAAAUAAAAAAGACAUUCUCCUGCUCUCACCAAACCACCUUGAAGGAUAAAAUUGAAAGCAAGCAAACAAGACCAAAAAAAAAAAAAAAAAAAAAAAGACAACAAUGAUGAGAAGUAGAUGUUUUAGGGUGAAAAUAAUAUAGCAUUAAGAGUCUGGGGCUUCCCUGGGGGCGCAGUGGUUAAGAACCCGCCUGCCGAUGCAGGGGACACGGGUUCGAGCCCUGGUCCGGGAAGAUCCCACAUGCCGCGGAGCAGCUAAGCCCGUGCGCCACAACUACUGAGCCCGCGCUCUAGAGCCCGUGAGCCACAACUACUGAAGCCCACGUGCCACAACUACUGAAGCCCACGCGCCUAGAGCCUGUGCUCCGCAACAGGAGAGGCCACUGCAAUGUGAGGCCUGCGCACCGCAACGAAGAGCAGCCCCCGCUCGCCGCAACUAGAGAAAAGCCCGCGGGCAGCAACGAGGACCCGACGCAGCCAAAAAUAAAUCAAUAAAAAUAAAUAAAUUAAAAAAAAAAAAAGACUUUGCCUAAAAAAAAAAAAAAAAUAGAGUCUGGAGCUCCUGUGCACAGCAGGCAAAUCCCAUCUCCCCGCUCUGCACCCCAAUUUUUCCUCUGUAAAUGAAAACUCAUGCCAGCUCUUAAAUGGCAGUGUCUGGGUCUGAAGCUCAAGACAUGUGAUCCAGAAAACAAAUAUCUUUCAGCUGCCUGAAGCCUGAGAUGUGAGGCUUAAACACCUACUGGGAUUUCUGGGACUUUUAAUAAUUUAUGAGUCCAACAGGCAGAUAAUUUGGAAUCUUGACAGUUCUGGAAAAUCCACCCAGUAAUGGUCACCACACCCCUAGUAGGUCAGGCUAGGUUUCAUUCAGAGUCCAUUUCUGGUAGUUGCUGAUCUCUGGUCCUCGCCCACAGGCAAACUCUUCUCUUACAGCCCCAGCAGAGAAAUGGAAGCCUGUGGCUUUAUCGCAGGAGCCAGGCGAGUUGGUCUUUUCUGUCCCAAACCCGGCUGGAUGGCCUGUCUACCGCAGAUGCUCACAGAAGUUGUGUUGUCCUUAAAUUGCGCCCAAACUGGGGCCUCUGGGGCUCCACUCUCAUCAUCCAUCAUUCCUGGCAACACUGCAGUGCCCUGCGUUUCUGAAAAGGAUGUCUCUCCUGAGAGUUAAGCUUGACUUUCAUGUUCAAACCCACUUUACCACAGCUGUAGCCUCAUCUUUCUGUGACCACGCCCCUCAAAGGGAGGGGAGGGACACAGUAAAGCUUAGACGUUGCAAGUUCUGAUCAUGGAACGUCUCUGUUCUUUUAUUUGUGAAAUUAACCAAGGAUUGACUUCACACUCCCCGGAUGCAGCCCAACCAUGGAAGAUGAGGUGGUGCUGUAGAGGGGUCAUGGGCAUUGGAGCCAGAUACAGCAAGCUUUGAAUCUGAGUUCAUCACUUUCUGUCUUUGUGACUGUAGGCAAAUUACCUAAAAUCUCUGUGAUCCUCUGCAGAAUAGGGUCCAUACAUCCUACUAUAUCAAGUUAUUGAAAGGGUUAAGCAAAAGGUCUAGCGCUUCCCCAGGAGUCUGCCCCAGGGGAGGGGUUUCAGGAACCAAAAUUUCUAUCCGCUCUCUCAAGUCAUGCCUCGUAGCUGAACACUGUGGACCAGCAGAGAGUGGUGUGCUAGUAAACCAGCUGCAUGGGAAAAAAAAAAAAAAUCCCUGAUUUGUACCAUUUGUCAAUUCCACCAUGGCUGACAUCAGGCUGCCAAAGGUUUAACAACCAGUUGCAAAGCCCCCGAAUGUUUAGCGUUAGGUCCUUACAAGCAAGGGCAUGCCAGCCCCAGCACACCUCCUCCGUGCAGCAAGGGGCUUGGUGUCACCAUCUGUAGCUCAUGACGCUGGAGAGCUCACUCAGGUCGGCCACGGUGUCCCGGGGCCCUGUCUCGGAUUACUCAUGCCAUCAUGGGCACAUAGCGCCACUCCUGAUGGGUGGGAGGCUCCUCAGUCUUAGAAGAUAGAUUCCCCAUGAAAGGUUUUUGGGGCUUUAAAGAUAAGUAACUCUCCUGAUAAUCUCUCUCACACAUGCACUGUUUUAGAGCAUACAAAGUACUUUCACGUCCUAUCAUGUUGGACUCUCUGUUGUAAGAGAGCCAAAGCUCAGAGAGGGAAAGUGUUCUGCUCAGGGCCCCACAGCUUGAGUGUCAUUGAGUCUGAACUUGAACCCAGCACGGGGGACUCGGAGGCAUCUGCUCUUUUUGCCACCUUACCUCUUGAGCCCGGGGGUCCAUCACUCCUAAAGCUCAAUUUCAUCCUGGGGAUUCCCCACCCACCUGGUUGGUGAUCGUUUUCACGGUGACCUGGUCGCCCUGUUCGGACUGGAUCUCCCCAGAAAUGAAACCCUCCUUCUCAUCCUUGACCCAGCAAGACCUCUUGAUGUCAUAGGGCUUGUUCAUGGCUUCGAUUCUCUCCUUUUCGGAAGGUGUCAGGAAGGGCAUUGGGUCCACAUCGUCCCCACAUUCGCCUCUGGAUCCACUGGGCAUUGUGGCUUGGCUGAGGGAGGAGCAAGAAGGAACCACGGGUGGGAACCAGGACUUCCCUGGGUGCUGGAGGGGAAAGAGAGGAUAGUUUGCCAAGACUGUUGUAUGGCCUGGGGCAAAUGCCUGGGAGAGACGUGGGGCUGCUUCUCUCAUGUCACUUUGAAUGUCUUGCUGCUAUUAGAUCUUAGUAACCAAGAAUAAGAAAGAAACUGAUAACUCCUCAGAGUUGUGUACCCCUAGCCACCACAAAACACUUCUGCAUCUGUAGUCCCAUAUGCCCCUCACACUAAGGCUGUGAGGUAGGGAUCAGGGAGUCCAUUUUAUGGAGGAGAAGACAAAGGCCAAGAGAGGUUAAAGCAUGCACUUUUAACCAUGAACUGGGACGAGAAAAGGAUUACCACUUGGUUUUCAUUUUUCCUUAAGGUCUGAGCAGAGGCCACAAGCCACCGUAGUACCAGCACUGCUGAGGCUUGUCUCCAACAGAAAUCUCGGCUAUUCUCCUUUCAUUGUAGCCGGCAUCUCCAAAUAUAUAUGACUUACCCUCUUCUCAACUUUGAAGUGAUGGUCUCAUGAGACCCUCGGUUAGAAGUUGUUAUUUAAAUCUACUAACAAAAAAGUACACUUUUAAUUGCUAUAUCACAAACUGAUUUUGUAAUAUUUUGAUAACUGGAUUUUAAUACCAUUGCUUUCCUUUGUGACCCUACGUAGUUUAUUUUAUGCAUUUAAAAACUCUAAUCUGAGCAGAGGUCCACAGGCUUUACCAGAUGCUAAGCGAGUCCCUGGUACAGAAUAAUUGCCCCCGGUUCAAUGGUUACCUCUCUUAAGAUGAGGCCAGCCUGGGCUCAAGGCUGGACCUCUUGGUUUCCAAAUGCAGACAAACCAGGAAGGAGGAGGACUGGGGAAUUUCAGUAGCAAAGAGAGAAGCCAGGGGCGUCGCAGUUUGUCUUGGGGGUGAAGAAACUUCUUGGAGGUUUGGGGAGGAUGUGGUUCUGAGCCCCAUUGUCAGCAGUGCUGUUCUCAAGCCAAGGGUACAGCCUCCACCUUUAAGUAACCCAGCUGGGGAUGGAGCGUCUCACGACGGUGCCCCCAGACACCUGCUACACCAAGGUAUCCUCAGGGGAGCUCCAGCGUUUCCUGCCAGGGGUCCUGGUGUUUCCAAAAGAGGCUGAGCCAGGACAGGCAAGCGAUGGAGGCAAAGCCAGACGCUUUCUCCUCUUCUCAUCUCGCUGUGGGGUCCAGCUUAGAGUUCUGACUGGAGCCUGGGUUCCCCAACCCCAAAGCGGGUCCAUUUUGCAGAAAAUAAGAACGAGAGAAGGGAUAUGGGUGGGGUUGGGGGGUAGGGGUCCUGUGCCUUCGUGGGCCACUGACCUCUUUGUCCAUCUGGUGAUGUCUGUGGUCUCACAGGACAAAAUUUUAAAUUCAGGUAAUAAACUGUAUAAGAUCACCAAGGAAACAAAUGACAUUGAAAUGUAAUUAACACAAUAUUAAACAUGCAUGAUACAGCACUAGGUGUGCUUCCUAAUGGCAGGUCUAAUAACCACUUUAGUUUUGAAGAAACCGUGAGAAUUAACAAUCUUUUGACCUCUCUGCAACAAUUGUAAUAUGAUAUGAAAAUAUCGGUGACUUCCGUUGCUGACAGUCACAGGUAUUGCUAAUACGACUGUGUUAAAAAGGGGAGGAAAUGAUACAUUUCAGUUAAGGGUAGUGAACAUCACGAUGCAAUUGUUUUCCCACUGGAGACCCCCCAGCCCAGGGUAGGAACCCUGCCUGAUCCCUCCUGAGUCCCGUCUCUGCAGAGCACGCGACUGGGAGUCCUUGGUUUCUGCUGGUAGCUUUGGACAGUAUUUGUCCAGCAUCCAGGGGACCAGGCUCUCACUCAGCUCUGCCACAAGUCACCGUGGGCAGCUCAGUGGCCUCGUUGUCCCCCUCCCCCUUUCUGGAAGAUACGACUGCGCGACACAAACUUCCUUUUGCCAUUUGUUGUCCCUAAUGACACGAAAGCGUUGCCUUUUUGCGGUCUCAUUUUUGUGGUUCUGUUUGACAUAGAUGGAAGUCACCAGGGACAUGAGACCAAAAUCCACAUGAAAAGAAAAUCAUAUUACUGUAUUCUGAAAACCGGAAUCUGGCAAUGAAGAAUCGUAUUGAUAAGCAGUGAUGACAUUGACCUUUAGCAGCACCUGCUCUGCCACAAUACUUCACGCCUGAGGCUGAACCUCACUUCUGCCAUGUGGGACCUCAGUCUCUCCAAAGCCUGAGGACCACACCCCCAACCCUGGCAGUGCCCCUGGACGGCCCCCCAGUGCCAGGACCAGGGCCCAGAACCUCGGAUGGAACAGAGUUCUCACUCAAGAAAGAAAUCAGAAGGAAAGGAAUUCUGACCCCUGCUACAACAUGAUGGACCUUGAGCACGUGCUGCUGAGUGAAGUGCUUUACUUCUUCUAGUCAAUAUGCCGACUUUAGAAGCUCCGGGAGAGAGGCUGAGAAAAUUUAAGUAUCGUGGCAAAGAUGCAUCUAUGAGGCGGCAGCAGAGGAUAGCAGUCAGCCUGGAGCUCCGGAAAGCCAAGAAGGAUGAGCAGUCCUUGAAGAGGAGAAACAUCACGGAUGUCUCCCCUGACCCUUCUGAGCAACAGACCAAAGGGGUCAGCCUCACCCUGCCAGAAAUAAUCAAUGGUGUCAAUGCCUCAGAUCCAGAACUAUGUUUCCAGGCCACCCAGGCAGCCAGGAAAAUGCUGUCCCGGGAAAAGAACCCUCCUCUGAAGCUGAUUGUUGAUGCAGGGCUCAUUCCCAGGCUGGUGGAGUUCCUGAAGUCAUCCCUUCAUCCCCGCUUGCAGCUCGAGGCAGCCUGGGCUCUGACCAAUAUUGCCUCCGGUACUUCGGAGCUGACUCGUGCUGUCGUGGACGGAGGGGCCAUCCAGCCCUUGGUUGAGCUCCUGUCUUCCCCUCAUAUGACUGUGUGUGAACAGGCAGUGUGGGCCCUUGGUAAUAUAGCAGGUGAUGGACCAAAAUUCAGAGACGACGUUAUCUUCAGUGAUGCCAUUCCACAUCUGCUGACCCUGGUUUCAUCAAGUAUACCAGUCACAUUCCUGCGGAACAUCGCGUGGACCUUGUCCAACCUGUGCCGGAACAAGAACCCAUACCCUUCUGAUCACGCGGUGAAGCAGAUGUUGCCCGCCCUCUUCCACCUCCUGUGGCACCCAGAUGGAGAGGUUCUCUCGGACACCUGCUGGGCUCUGUCCUACCUCACCGAUGGCUGUGAUACACGCAUCGGCCAAGUGGUGGACACGGGGGUCCUGCCCAGGCUGGUUGAGCUCAUGAGCAGCUCAGAACUCAACGUCUUGACCCCCUCUCUGCGUGCUGUGGGGAACAUUGUCACCGGGACGGACCACCAGACCCAGCUGGCCCUGGACGCGGGCAUCCUGGCUGUGCUGCCCCAGCUCCUCACACACCCCCGCUCCUCCAUCCAGAAGGAGGCGGCCUGGGCUCUAAGCAACGUGGCCGCGGGGCCCCGCCAGCACAUCCAGCAGCUGAUCGCUUGCGGUGUGCUGCCUCCCUUGGUGGCUGUUCUAGAAAACGGAGAAUUUAAAGUCCAGAAAGAGGCUGUCUGGACAGUGGCUAACUUCACAACUGGGGGUACCGUGGACCAGUUGAUCCAGCUUGUCCAGGCUGGAGUCCUGGAGCCACUAAUAAAUCUUCUCACCAUCCCAGACACCAAAAUUGUUCUCAUCAUUCUCGACAUCCUCUUUUUUAUCCUCCAGGCAGCAGAGAAGAUUUCUCAGAAGGAAAACAUGUGUCUGCUGAUAGAAGGACUUGGUGGGAUUGAUAGAAUUGAGGCUUUGCAACUUCACGAGAACCGUCAGAUUGCCCUGACUGCUCUGAACAUUACUGAGAGACACUUCUCUGAGGAAGAAGAAACUGGCACAACCUUACCAGCCCGGGACCAAGAUCAUGAAUUCUUAAAGCACUUAACAAACACAUACCAAAGCUCCACAACUCCUAAACCAGGGACCAGACCCAAAGAGUCACUUCUUUAAGAACCCCUUCCCCUUGGUGUACCACAGGUAUAAAGCUUUUAAAACUUGAAUGAUAAUAAAAUUUUCCACACUUUGACCUC